UCAAGUUGCUCUCAGCCAGACCUUUCCUAGUUCCUUGGACUCACUUGAGCCAUGACUGAUCAAGCUCUAUAGGGCAAGAAGUGGAGGCUUUGGAGAAGAUAUUCAGAAAUUCUUAGACAGAGUUGAUAAAUGGGCCACUGAUAUCCUGACACACCGGAAAUCUGCAGUAAUCUGCAGCCUUCCUUUGUUCCUGAGAGAAAAGGCAGACAACCUAUUGAAAACAGGCCUGAGACAGGUAAACAAGCCCUCAGUUCAGCAUGAAUCUACAGGAGGAGUUGAGAAACCCCAAGUUUUGGAGGGGCAUACUGGCAGAGAUGAUGGGCUCUCUGGUCUUUGUAUCAGUUGUGUUAGGCUCUUCACUUUCAGGGCAUGAGAGUGUCUCUUCUGGACCACUGUACCCAGCACUGGCAGCAGGUAUGGCAGCAGUUGGUCUAGGACAUUGCUUUAGAAAGAUCAGUGGUGCACAGGUGAAUCCUGCAUUAACUUUGGCCUUAUUAGCUACACGGAAACUGGAUGCUCUAAAGGCCGUGGUCUAUGUGUUUGCUCAGUGUUUAGGAGCCACUGUAGGAGCUUGGAUACUCUACAUGGUCCUACCCUUAAAAUCAGCAGCUAAGAUCUAUGUCAACAAGGUACCAAUGGAGGGAAAUGCAGGGCAGGCUCUGGGGAUGGAGAUACUUGUCACCUUUCAAUUGGUGUUUACCAUCUUCUCAGUGGAGGAUCAGCGAAAGAGUGAGGAUUGUGAACCUGGCAAUUUGGCGAUUGGCUGCUCCCUUAGUGCAGGGAUUUUCACUGCAGGUAGAAUUUCUGGAGGCAGCAUGAACCCUGCUAGGUCUCUUGGUCCUGCAAUUAUAGUUGGAUACUGGGAACACCACUGGGUGUAUUGGAUUGGGCCAGUGUUGGGUGCUGUAUUAGCUGCCGUGGCUCAUGAAUUCUUUUUCGCUCCAAGUGCCUCGAGGCAGAAGUUGGUGUCCUGUCUCACCUGUAGGGACAUUGAGAUAUUAGAGACAGCCAGCGUGUCCCGUUCAUCUUUAUCAACCAUCACACAGACAGCUGUGAGGGCCAAGCAAAGCGACAAACUUGACCACAGCUGAAUUUUUGUUUUUUACUAUACUCAUCUAUAUGCUAUAUUUGAUUUAUAUUGUACUGUACUACCUACACUGAAGUUGAAUAUUAUAUUGUAAAAAACAAAGUAUUGUUUGUAUGCUACAUGUUAAAGAAUAAUGAUGUUUUUUCUUAAUAGUAACCUUACCUUUUUGUAUCAGAACAGUAUGUAAUUUAAUUUUCAGACUUACUGGAACAUAUGAAAAAUUUCUCAAGACUUAUGUAUUAAUGAAAACCUGCAAUGGGAUUUUUGGUAUGUGGACAGUUAAGGAGUGAGCCUUGAAGGGACAACACCUGUGUA